AUGUCUAAAUUGUGUGCUAUAAUUUGGUUGCUCUUCCUACCAGCAAUUGGGGCGAAAUCGCUGAUAAUACAGACGGGCGAAUGCAAUUUUAGUCGCAAAUAUUAUGAAAAUUUUACUUUGAGUAUCGUUAAUAAUAGUGUGUCUAUGGAUAUGAUUACCAUUCGAAAGUUGCAGCGUGGCAUAAAAGUUUUCAUUGACUUUGAAAUUAGUUUGGGCAAUUCGAAGAACUAUCAACGUGUCUUUGCCCAUAUUAUCGAUGUUUGCGGUAUUGUGUCUUCGGUUCGAAAUAAUAUAUUUAAAAGUUGGUUCGAAAGCAUGCUGCAACAUGGAAAUUUCAUGUACAAUUGCCCAGUGACUGAGGGUCAUUAUUUUCUGCAUGAUUGGAAAUUGGACUCACGACUUGUGCCUCAUUACUUGAACGUUGGAGAUUAUCGUAUCAAAUCGCAUUUCUUUUAUGGGAAGCAGAAGAGCAAGCAUGAGGAUUUUGUGCUCGAUAUUAUUGUCUAUGCCCAAUUGAAGCCCAGUUAG